AUAACUAAAGGGAUUAUUGUUUGUCCACAGAUUCUUUAGUUGUGCUGAAGGAACACAGUGUGAUACUUGCUGUAGUCACCUGCUAUGCCAGUACCAAAAGAUGAGAUGGAGGACCCUCCUCUUACUCGUACGCCAAUACCGGUGCCUGCUCACUUCCAGCAGGCAGAGCAAAGCUUCUCACACAAGAAGAGAGGCCGCUCGCUAUGUUAUACCCUUCCACCACGACCACCAACCAAGAGUGUCCUGCCAAUUAGUCGGAUUUUUCCCAAUAAGCAGCGAUCCUGGAGUCAGCCUCGGCCUCAAAGUGUUUCAUUCCGCAGCCCCCAGAAUAAUCCGCCUGCAAGUGCCCUUUAUGACCAAAGCAAGGGGGAGACUUUUUUUAAACAAUGUUUCCAGAGUAUCUGCAAGCUUGGCAGAGGGUCAUUUGGUGAGGUGUAUAAGGUACGAAGCCGUGAGGAUGGCUGUCUGUAUGCUGUGAAGCGUUCUGUUUCUCCGUUCCGUGGAGAGUCAGACAGACAUAGGAAACUUCAGGAGGUGAGAAAGCAUGAGCGAGUUGGGGAGCACCCUAACUGCCUGAGAUUUGUACGUGCCUGGGAGGAGAAGCGUAUGCUCUACUUACAAACAGAACUAUGUGCAAAGAGUCUGCAGCAGUAUUCUGAGGAAAUAGGAGGGUCCCUCCCACCUCGCCAAAUUUGGAAUGUCACCUCUGACCUGCUUAGGGGCCUUAAACACCUACAUGACCGCAACUUAUUGCAUCUCGACAUCAAACCAGCCAAUGUUUUUCUUUCUUUUUCUGGUGUUUGCAAGCUUGGUGACUUUGGCUUAAUGUUUGAACUGGAUGGCACCCAAGAGGGUAUUGGGGAUGCGCAGGAGGGUGACCCACGUUAUAUGGCACCUGAGUUGCUAGAUGGAGUGUUUGGAAAAGCAGCUGAUGUUUUUAGCCUUGGGAUGACUCUGCUGGAGGUUGCAUGUAACAUGGAACUCCCGAAGGGAGGAGAAGGCUGGCAGCAGUUACGGCAGGGUAACCUUCCAUCAGAAUUUACCUCUGAUUUGCCCCCGGAUUUCCUGAAAGUUCUCUCUGCCAUGCUAGAGCCAGACCACCGUCGUCGUGCUACAGUAGACUGGCUUCUGUCUCUUCCUGCUGUUCAAAGGGCUGAGAGGUGGAAGGUGAUAUCCAUGACGGCAAAGGCGAUUCUGGGGAAGAUCAUAACUGUCUACCAGCUCUUUGUCUGGCUUCUGUCAAUGGCCUUUCAAAGUCUUCAGCGCCCAGUCAAGUGGCUACUAUGGUGUGGAGAGAAGAGGGAGCCUCCAAUUUCUCCCCCUUGUUCUCCCAAUCGCUUGGGGGACAGCAGCAUUUCUAGUGACUGGGAAGAUGAGAGCUUUGGAGAUGAUGUCUUUGAGGUGCCCCCUAGUCCCCUGGCUCAUCCACGCAACUUGACUUACCAUGGACAAGAAUUCCCUGGCAGCACUAGACGUUCACCUGAACUCUCAAGACCGUCACUGGGCAGUACCUCCACUCCACGCAACCUGUCUCCAGACUUCAGCAUCAGGAGGAGGUCUGUGCUAGCACUUACCCCAAAUGUGAGCCGUAUCAGCCAGGACUCCCCAUGCAGUGUCAAGUCUGUAAGUCCUGCAAGUAGCCACAGCUCCUCUGGGUUCAUUGAUGCUGAUGCUCCUCGUUCCUCUUUUAUGCCCCGCAAUCUUCUAAGCAUGUUUGAUGAUGCAACUGUUGAGUGAAACACCCUUUAGGAUGUCAGUGCUGCUGUCAUCCAGUUUAUAUAGGCGGGGUCCUAAAGCUCCCUUGACCCCUUCAAGAUGAAAAGCUUCCCAAGAUCUUGAAUAUAAAGUGCAACUUGCUUCUACCACUCACUGCUGUUAUGUAUGUGUCUGGUAAAGAAGUGAUCUGUUGCAUGUUCUACCAUUCAUAAUGAUCUGUUACCUGCCCUACCUGAUGGUGCAGAGAGGGGCAAAGAAGAAGAGCUGUUCCUGGGUCAAGAUGUGCCAGACUUAGGAUUGGAGAUGGUAUCCCCUGGUGGUUUUGGUGUUUUUAUACUUGAGGAAUUUGUUUUAGCUGCACAAGAUGUGACAGCGUUUUUGUUUUUUUGUGAGCUACUGAUGCUCCCUUAUAUAAAAGGUGUCAAUUAACCGAAGUCCAUAAAGGACGUAUUUUAUUUUUAUAGUUAGUGACACUUUUUCAUUUCAUGGAUACAUUAUCCCGUGUAAGGGGCAUUUUAUAUCUAAGACAAAUCUAUUCAUACAAUGAUAUAAUUCUUUACAACAGUAGUAAACAAAUUCUGUACUUGUUAUUAAAUUCUCUCUGGUGCCUUA